AUACACAUCAUAAGCUGUAUGUUUGUGCUAUAUUUAAUAUUUUUCCUUUAUGUUAUUGAGAAUGAUUCGAUCAAAGUCAAAACAUCUGACCAGUUAAAUUGCUAUUAGAUCCCUUUAUUGUAAUUUAGACACUGUAACAUUACUUGUUCAUUUAUGGCUCGUAGCCCUUACAGUCUGUUCAAUAAGAGCGUACGGUUCCACACUUCAUUAAUAAAUGAUGUACAGAUGUUAAGUUUGGUUUUUCCGAUUCUCUGAACAGUUCGGAAGAAUGCUUGGAGGUUAUAUGGGUAAUAUGACUUGUUUUGACUAAUAAAGCAAAUAACAACAAUGAGUGCUGCGUAUGCAAGUCGUUUUGAAGCAGUGUUCCUUUGCACACAUCCGAAAGGACCGAAAAUGUCGUAUGCAGUUGCCGGGCGCUACAUGAAAAAGUCAGAAGGAUUCGUCAGGAAGUGGGUGAAACGUUACAACAAAACAAAAAAUGUUGACGACCUGCCGGAACGUGGCACCCUACCGUCAACGACGGAAAAUGAUGACAAAACUAUCAUCCAGAUAUUUGAGGAGAAUCCUGGGUGUUCAUUACGACGAGCGAAAAAUCUUUUAUUAUUGAAAAAUGAUAUAGAAUUGAGCCUUAAUACUAUUAGACAACGAUUGCUUGAUUCCAAAUGCGAUUGGCGACCUAUAAAGAAACAGCUCGCUGAUUCUUCCAAAGCUAAACCUGGUAAAAAGACACAAAAAUUAGAUGAAAAUGAGACCUCAAGUAAAAAACGUAUAAAUGAUACAAAUGAUGAACCUGCUCCAAAGAGGACAAAAAUCAAUCCAAAGGAAUCAAAAAAUAUUGAUAAAAGUGAUGAUUCAUCUAGUGCUAAGAAGGCAAAAAAUGAACCCAAACAAAUGCAAAAUAAGACGGAUACAAACUUGGAUGAGAUAGAUUUUGAAUGUACAAAGUCAAAUCAAGAAGGAAAAAAGCAUAAUUUGAAGAUCUGUACAUGGAAUGUUUCUGGGAUAAGGGCUGUAAUCAAGAAACAUGGAAUUGACUAUAUUACCAAAGAAGAUGCAGAUAUAAUUGCUUUACAAGAAACAAAAUGUGACAAGAAUAAAAUGCCAGACGAUGUCAAAUUGCCAGGAUAUCAUCACUAUUUCCUUGACAGUAAAAAACCAGGUCAUUGUGGAGUUGCUUUGUUCAGCAAGGAAAAACCGAUUUCUGUGAAAUAUGGUUUAAGUGAUUCUACCUUUGAUACUGAGGGUAGGAUAAUCAUGGUAGAAUUCCCAGAAUUUUUCGUGAUCAACGUUUAUGUGCCAAAUGCUGGACAGAAGUUGGUGACGUUACCAAAACGAUUAGAAUGGAAUAAAUUAUUCAAAAAAUAUAUUGAAGAAUUAGAUCAAAAGAAACCUGUUAUUAUAUGUGGUGACAUGAAUGUAGCUCAUCAAGAAAUUGAUUUAAAAAAUCCCAAAACAAACAAUAAAAAUGCUGGAUUUACUAAAGAAGAACGGGAUGAUAUGACCAACUUCUUAGCUGCUGGAUUUGUAGAUACCUUUAGAUUAUUGUAUCCUGAAACAGAGGGUGCAUAUACAUUCUGGUCGUAUUUUGCCAAUGCACGCAGUAAGAACAUUGGAUGGCGACUGGACUACUACUUGAUAUCAGAACGGAUAAAAAAUAAAGUAUGCGAUAAUAUUAUAAGGAAGGACGUUUACGGUAGUGAUCAUUGUCCUGUAAUACUUUACAUUAAUUUGUAAUUUGUAAUAAUAAUAAUAAAAACAUUUGAUGUUCCAUUGCAUGAAAUUAUCAAGAUAAAAUUUUUUAAAUGUGUGAAUCCAAAUAUAUUAGGUGGUCGGAAAGUUCCGUCCAUCUAGUGACGAGUAGCUAUAGCUAGAAAUGUCGAUAACUCUAAUGUCUAAACCCAGAGAACAAUGCACGUCAAACGCAAAAACAACUUGCAGAAACAUUAAAUUGUGCUCAAUCUGUUAUUUCCGAUCGUUUCAAAGCCUUAGGAAAGGUCUACAAGGAAGAAAAAUGGGUUCCAUGUGAACUGAAACCAAGAGACAUUGAAAGGCGAAAAACCACCUGUGAAAUUCUGUUUGCUAGGCAACAAAGAAAGGAGUUUUUGCAUCGAAUUGUGACUGGCAGUGAAAAGUGGAUUUAUUUCGAUAACCCCAAACGCCGAAAAAUCAUUUGCAAUUCAGGCCAACUCGACAUCGACGCCAAAAUGCAAUAUUCAUGGGAAGAAGGCCAUGCUCUGUAUUUGGUGGGAUCAGAAGGGUGUAGUGCAUCAUGAGUUGUUGAAAUCUGAUUAAACAGUCACAGGAGAUCUCUACCGAGAACAAAUUAUUCGUUUGAGCCAAGCAUUGUAAGAAAAACGACCAGAAUAUGAAAUGAGACAGCAUAAAGUGAUCUUGCUUCAUGACAACACUUGACCCACGUCACAAAACUCGUUAAGGAAACGUUAGGAGCACUUUGCUGGGAAGUGCUACCCCAUGCGGCUUAUUCACCAGACUGUGCUCCUUCUGACUACCACUUGUUUCGAUCGAUGGCACACGCACUUGCAGAAGAACAUUUCAACUCUUAUGAAAGCGUUGAAAAAUGGGUCUCUAACUGGGUAGCCUCUAAGAUGAGUCGUUCUUUCACCAUGGAAUCUGCUUAUUACCAGAAAGAUGGAAAAAAGUCAUAUCUAACGAUAGCCAAUAC